UUUUUUUCAAUAUCAUUUUAAUCUUCCCCUCAUUCAACAAUCAAGCUGCCCUAAAGCUUCUCUUCCUGGAAACUCUUCUUCAUUGCCUGCUGGAAGUUCUAUGUAUUGAUCCAUUUACCCUCUCACACACUACAAGGCUUACCUCAUGGAUUUGUAUCUGAUUGGAUAUUUGAUGUGUGUGUGGUUGUCCAGCUCUCGGGUGCUUGGAGGCUAUCCCAUCUGGUGGUCCCUGGCCCUUGGGCAUCAGUACUCGUCUCUGGGCUCCCAACCCAUCCUGUGUGGCUCGAUCCCGGGCCUGGUGCCCAAGCAGCUGCGAUUCUGUCGCAACUACAUAGAGAUCAUGCCCAGCGUUGCAGAAGGUGUCAAACUGGGGAUCCAGGAGUGCCAGCACCAGUUCAGGGGCCGCCGAUGGAACUGUACCACCAUUAAGGACAACCUGGCCAUCUUUGGCCCCGUGCUAGAUAAAGCAACCAGAGAGUCAGCGUUUGUCCACGCUAUAGCUUCAGCAGGCGUGGCGUUCGCAGUGACGCGCUCCUGCGCCGAGGGCACGUCCACCAUGUGCGGCUGUGACUCCCACCACAAGGGACCUCCCGGGGAGGGCUGGAAGUGGGGCGGCUGCAGCGAGGACGCAGAGUUUGGGGUGCUGGUGUCGAGGGAGUUCGCCGACGCUAGAGAGAACCGUCCAGACGCUCGAUCAGCAAUGAACCGACACAACAACGAGGCGGGACGCACGACCAUCCUGGACCACAUGCACCUGCGCUGUAAGUGUCACGGCCUGUCAGGGAGCUGUGAGGUGAAGACCUGCUGGUGGGCGCAGCCAGACUUCCGCAUGCUGGGCGACUACCUGAAGGACAAGUACGACAGCGCGUCAGAGAUGGUGGUGGAGAAGCACCGCGAGUCCCGAGGCUGGGUGGAGACGCUGCGAGUCAAGUACAACUUCUUCAAGCACCCCACUGAGCGCGACCUGGUCUACUACGAGGGUUCGCCCAACUUCUGCGAGCCCAACCCGGAGACCGGCUCCUUCGGGACGCGCGACCGGGCCUGCAACGUGUCGUCACAUGGCAUCGAGGGCUGCGACCUGCUCUGCUGCGGCCGCGGCCACAACACCCGGACUGAGAAACGCAAAGAGAAGUGCCACUGCAUCUUCCACUGGUGCUGCUACGUCAGCUGUCAGGAGUGUGUGCGCGUCUACGACGUCCACACGUGCAAGUGAGAGAGGCUUUGAGACAAACUGACUGCUGGACUACAAGUGCUGCCCACCAACCCUCCAACCUCCCACCUCCUGCACGACUUCUCCGCUUCCCCAGACACAGACUCUGCACCACACACACAAACAUAUUCAUCAGCACACACACUCAGGCCCUAAUGGGUCAUGGCACAUCAGCUAUGGAUACUUCUACACCUUGUUUUGUAAAAACCCUGUCCUAGAAUCCAAACCACUGCACCAUUUACAUAAUAUCUGACCAGAAAGUGUCCUGUGUUGACCUGAAUGAUCUCUACUCUGAGGUCUAGUCUGUUCUCACGGGAAGAAGCUCGAGUUGUGCCACUUUGUUCCUCUCCCUGCAGCAUUGGGCCCCUUCCCUCCCCCUCGUCUUUAUUUAUUUCCCCCCUCCAUGCCAACACAAUGUCUGUGGCAUGUACAGUAACACUUUUUACCUGUGAGAUUAAUGCAGUAAAAAAAAGCAAAAAAAAAACAAACAAAACUUUCAGACUCUUUUUGCUUUUGAAUAAAAAGCAUCUUCUAACUAACACCUCACUUCUCCGGCCAGUCCGGCUGGUUUUGUUUUUGUUUUUAAACUAAACCAACCUCUACACGUCACAUAAGUGAUACUGAACACGUCGGCAGCCCCAGGAAACCAUCACUUUGUAACUACUGAACUGAACAGGUGUUGGAAGUGCCACAGUCCUGUCUUUUGUAAACUACUGAGCUGAUGAAAUCCUCAGUGUUGCUACUCUCCCUGCUGACUGACUCUACUGCACCAGUCAACCGGGAAGCCUGGAAGAUAUAUGCUACAGUCUGAUUUUAUAGCCCUGCAUUUCUGAAAUAUUACCACUGGGCUGGGACUGCAGGUAUGCAGCAUGUGUGUGAACAAGCAUGCUCAUUCCACUAACUAACAACCCUACACAUGUAUAUGUAUGCACUAUUCAGUUACUCCAGGUGGUAAAAAUUUGAGCAUUGUUUAUGCGAGCAAAUUUUUCUUCAUUGCAAGCUAGCUGUUCAUGAAUGACAACUUUGUUCCUGCAUUCGGGCACCGUCGACCUGUAGAUUGCUCACGAUUUCCACACAGUCAGUCAAUCUAUGGAGCCAUGCGGUGAAAACAACCAGCAUUCAAAUUAUAUCACUGAUGAUCAUUUGUGGCUGUUUCAUUUAUAAAUUUAUGCAUCAAACGUGAGCUUCAGCAUGCUUAAUAUUAAUUCUGGUCUUAUGAGCAAAGUGAUUAUUGGGAGAUCUUUUUAUCUAACACUUCAUGCAUUCAUCAGGUCCAUCUUAGAGACUUCUGUCUGACCAGAUCUUUCUUUUAUCACUGUAAAAAAAAAGAAAAAAGAAAAAGGGGGACAUGUGACGACAUGUGGAGACCAGAGGAGGUUUUGAUUGGCUUUCACACCCUUCCUUCCUUUUCUCUGUAUUUUCCCUCAUUUGGACAGCUGAGGUUAUAAGGAAACCUGAUUUAUGGACUUGUACUCUUGUCAGUACACCCAAAAAAACACUCCUGCUUUGCGGUUUUGGAGAUAUUGGAAGAACAAAAUACUGUAAUAUACUCACAGUACUUCUGUUUUUCAGAAGCUGAUGUAUGCCUGCCCAGUCAACCGACUGAUUUUUUUUGGGAAAAUAAAAUUAUUUGUAUGGAAGCCUGUAAUGGGCAGCGUAAUAGGGAAAAAAGAGAUCCUGUAAAUCAUUAUAAUGAUACAUUUUCUCAAAAUAAUGAGGAACUUAAAUUACUUACUAUUAUUAUCAAACACAACCGUUUUCCAACAGUUUGAGAGCAAAUCUAUCAACACUGCAAUUAAUUGUUUUUUAUUGCAUGUAAAAUACAUUUGUGGUUUAAAAUGUUGUAAAAUAAUGUGGACAACCUGUUCUGUUUGAUUGCAUAAUGAAUACAUAAAAAUAGCCCCAUAUUGCAAAAAAAAAACAAAAAACUAACUCAAUGUAUACAUACCAAGAAAACAAUUACUUGGUAUCUCAAAAUAACUUAUGAGACAUUUUCUCAAAAUAAUGACUAAUGACCCAGACAUAAAUCUUUUUUUUUCAACCAGCACAAUUAUGUACAAUGUCAAUACAGGGACGCAACUAAACUCUACUCAAAUAAAUCCUGCAAUGCAAAUAUGCAAUAUUGUGCAUUGAUGCAAGUUCACAUUUUUACAGCUUGAAUGAGAAAUUCAAAGUCCAUCCAGAAAACACGCAUUUUAAAAGUUAUUUGCUUGUCGUCUUACAGACAGACCCGACAAAGCAUUAAGUCAGACUAUUUACAAAUCAGCAUCACAAUUUAGUUAUUUCGGCAUAGUAUUGAUUUGUUUGUUUGCAAUGAAAUAACAGCAAAAUGUGAACCAUACUGUAGUAGCUGCUGUAGUAGCACUGUAGCAGCAGUCAUGCAGACACAGUUCCAGGAGAAGGCGGUGAAAUUCACGGAGCUGUGUGCACACAAUAGUGGUUAUUUCGACCACGGUUGACACUGUGGAAAGGUUGUUUACAACGGCAUGUCUACCAUGAGUAAUAUGAAUAAACACAAAAAUCUUCAAACUGAGAAACUAUCUAAAUAAUUAGGAUCUAUUGAGAAAGUUUCCAACUAUUUUAGAGAUACGAAGUCAUUACUUUAAGAUAAGUCAUUAUUUUGACGAUGUUCCAAACUAUAAUGACUUACAGGAUCUUAUUUUUUUACUGGCGGAAACAGGCUUCCAUAGUUGAGACUUUUGGGUGGACAGAACAGACUUCUUGUUCAUGUAGAUUCAGAGAACAUUCAGCAGAAGCAGGAAGGAGCUGGGUGAUUUAUGUGUGCAGGCUGUGGAUGUGAACGUGAUGGCUGCCAGUGACAAACAAGUAAAUGGAAAGAUGGAUGGAUGGUUGGCAGGCAGGCUGCUCACAAUGGUGGAACAAACUGUGAGAGGUUUCCACAAAACAUGUUCUGACAGUCCCACCUGCUUCCUAUUAAUUAUAUUCAACAGCAGAAAUACCCAGUAGUGUGUAGGCUGUCCUCUGUUUGUGACAUAGCUUAGCAUCGUGUCAUCUCUACCUGGGCCUUCCUCUCUGUGUUCAGUUCCCUCCUACCCCCGACCCCCACCUCCUUCCACUUCUCCCGCUAUAUCCAAAGUUUUGUACAAAUGUUUUAAAGUGAAUAAUUCCCUUUUUAUUUUAUAAUCGUAAAUGUUAUGUUUUUAUAAAUAUUAUUUAUUAUACAAUGUAUAUAUCUGUAUGACUGAACUAAGAUUAUAUAUUUGAAGAACAAAA